GCAUGGGUGGAGCCACCACCUCUCAGGUUAUGAAGAGGGUGAGACAGAGACUUGAGGGACACUGCUCUCCUGUGGGGCACAGAAGGCAGAACUCAGGGAUGAUCUCCACCAUGACCUGGUCCCCUCUCCUCUUUAUCCUUCUGGCUCAUUGCACAGGGUCCUGGGCCCAGGCAGUGCUGACUCAGCCGCCCUCAGUAUCUGGACCUCUAGGAGAGACAGUCACCAUCUCCUGCACUGGAAGCAGCACCAAUAUUGGUUAUGGCUAUACUGCCAGCUGGUACCAGCAGCUCUCAGGAAUGACUCCCAAACUCAUCAUUUAUAGAAACAGCAAUCGACCCUCUGGGGUCUCUGAUCGAUACUCUGGCUCCAAAUCUGGCAACUCAGCCUCCCUAACCAUCAGUCGGCUCCAACCUGAGGAUGAGGGUGAUUAUUACUGUCUGUGUUAUGAUACAAGCCUCAGUGGUCACACAGUGCUGCAGCUUCCUGGGGAAGUCAAGACAAAAACAUCUUCCUCUCCCAGAAGAAUGAACACCCAGGGGUCUCUCUCCCAGCUUGUGCUGACACAGUCACCCUCUGCCUCUGCCUCCCUUGGAGCCUUGGCCAAGCUCACCUGCACCCUCAAUAGUGAAUAUAAAACCUAUGACAUUGCAUGGUUUCAGCAGUACCCAGAGCAGGCCCCUCAGCAUUUGAUGUGGGUUAACAGUGAUGGAAGCUCCAAUAAAGAAGAUGGAAUUCCUGAUCGAUUCUCAGGUUCCAACUCUGGGACUGACCGCUACUUAACCAUCACAACAUCAAUUCUGGGGAUGAAGCUGACUAUAUCUGUGGUGCAGGUUACAACAUUGGUGGGUCAUAUUGUUAAACCACAGUGCCACAGAUGA